GGUACAAAUGCGCUCGAUGCAAGCGCAACAGUAUCAUGCGUAUAGACAGAAAAUCGAACGUUUUCCCUCUAAGCUUCUCAGACUUAGAUUUCUUGUUGUUAUAAUUAACGCAAACAUCGCAUUCUUGACAGUUGACACGUUUACCAACGUGAAGUGAACUUCACAGCGCAGCAGCGAUAGCAUUCCAUGGAUGACACGGUUGAUUAGCCCGGCACCGUGAAGUACGCCGCGUGUUGAUUAUCAUUUAUCCCUGCGUUAUUGUAAAAUGGAAAAUAAACUCUCCAUUAAGCGGAGGUAUCGGCUAAUGUGUGACUCAUACAUGCCCGUCAUGCACCGUCCACGAAAAAGGCCAAGUGAGCGGCUGCUGCCGCUUAAUUAUCACACUAUGGAGGUGGUCGUGGUGGAAGAAGGCGUGAAGAAACAGGAUAUUAUCGAGCACGUUCUGCGUGAGCGCGUUCAGCACCGGCUAGAUGAUUCGUUUUACGUGCUGGAUCUGGAUGAAGUGCUGGAGAAGAUCGACCAGUGGAAGCGCUGCAUGCCGCGCGUCGGAUUAUUCUACGCGGUAAAAUGCAACUCGAGCGCGGCGAUCCUCCGCGUCGUCGCGGCGGCCGGCUGUGGCUUCGACGUGGCCAGCAAAGCGGAGAUGCACAAAGCCUUAUCCACCGGUGUCCCGGCCGACCGCCUGGUCUACUCCAACACCUGCAAAGCCGCCUCCCACCUGCUCCACGCCCACCACCACGCCCUCCAUCUCACCGUCUUCGACAGCGACGACGAGUUGCACAAACUACACCGACUGUUCCCCGGUAUCCAGCUGAUGGUACGCUUGCGCUACGGGGACCCGCACGCGGCCAUCCCCAUGGGUGGCCGCUUUGGGGUAGACACCGCCACCGCACUGCGGUUGAUCGCCUCCGCCUGGCAAUUGGAGCUGGAAGUGGUGGGCGUCGCGUUUCAUGUGGGCUGUGGCAGCAGUGAUCCCGGCGCCUACGUCCAGGCCAUCGCCGAGAGCCGGAAGGUAUUUGAUUUCGCGCAGCAGGCCGGGAAGCCGCUGCGGGUUUUGGAUAUGGGCGGAGGGUUUCCGGGGGUUCUCACCAAGGUUGCCAUGUCGUUCCCGGAAUUUUGUGCGCCCAUCAAUAGAGCGUUGGAUGAACAUUUUCCACCGGAAAGCGGAGUGGAAAUUAUAGCGGAGCCGGGACAGUUCUUGGUAACCACCGCCCAGUCCUUAUUCACUUCCGUCAUUGGCCACAAAUCCGAAGCCGACGGCCAGGCACAAGAUACGUACAUCCUUAGCGACGGUCUGUACGGCGCCUGCCGCGACAUCGCCACCUUCCACUUGCAGCCGAACAUCUGCGUUCAUCCGUCGCACCAGCUCGUCAGUGAGCCUGAAAAGGUAAAGGUGACACUGUGCGGACCGACAUGCGACAGUCUGGAUAAGCUGGUCAGCGACUAUUCCAUGCCGGAAGCGCACACCGGUGACUGGCUGGAAUUCCGCAAUAUGGGCGCCUACACCAACGAGCUGGCCAGCGGCUUCAACGGCUUCCCCGCGCCCAAGACCGUCGUCCUCGUGUCCAAAAGUCACUUGUCCUUAAUGUCCCAUAAAUGCCGAACACACGUGGGAAAAGUUCAAUAAUGACUAUUUUCUUCAGCGCUGUAUAUCAGUCUGAUGUGUGCCGCAAUGUAGCUGCUUUCUGAACGACUGUAGUAGGAAAUUCUCACGUUUUUCGAGACAGGAUGCGCUCCAUAGCGGAGAAUACAUUUCUACGGACUGUCUGGCAUUGUGAAGGGUCUUUGGCUCUGAGGUGCAGGGAUGGGGGUGGGAGGGGGCGUUAAGUGAGCCCUAUUCCGCUCUUAAUG